AUGGAUUUCUCUGAGAAGCUCUGCCCUCCGGCCGCCGCUCCCGCGGCGGAGGACCGGCUCUGCGGCGACCUCAAGGAGACAGAGCUGAGACUGGGGCUCCCAGGCUUGGAGUCCCCCGACCGGAAGGGCUGGGAUCAGGCAGUCCUGAUGCUUGGCCCCCCAAAGGCCGUCGUCUCGGGGGCGAAGAGGGGCUUCUCCGACGCCAUCGACGGCUCCAACCAGUGGUUUUUCCCCGGCGGACUUGGAUCUGAGGUCGAACCAGGAAAAGGAAGUCUGUUCGCGCCGAAGGGGGAUCCCAUCGGCGGGCAACUGUCUGGCGCUGUGAACGGGGGCAAGGAUGCCGGCUCGGCGUCCAAGGCCGCCGGGUUUGAGAAGAACGGAGCGGCUCCUUCUACCGAUUCUGAUCGCAGGGCCAGCCAUGCCGCAAAGUGAGUUGAGCCUGGAAGAUUCUCCUGCGUUUUCUGCGAUGAUUUCCGAACUUUUCCUUCCCUCUUUGCCUUCAGAUUGACAGAAAUCCCCUUCUCUCGGGUGAAGAAAACCUUGGAAUUAUCUUCACAUACUUUAGAUUUUGACGAUAAAUACUGACCAAUAGGCUCCGACAACAGGGAAAUGCAUGGAUCAAAUCGAAACGAAUGAUUUCGUCCAUUGAUGUUUCAUUGCCCUAGUUUUUCUCUUUUGAAAGGUCAUAUAAAUAGUGAUUUCCAUUGUUUGUUCCUUGAAUGACCAUGAGGCAGGGAGGAUUCUAGCUACAUCUUUCUCGUCAUUUUCCUGUCAAUCUUCACAAAAAUAAAAUGUAAAAAAAACCAGUUCGUUGUCUGUUCAUGAAGUUUAUUAAGGGUAUCAAUUUCAGCAGAUGUAUUGUAUUCUCUACAUGGUGCUCCAUGGGAGCAGCCCCCCGUUCAUGAUCAUUCACUCCAUAGUGGACGCAUUUCUUCUGGAAAUAUGUCCCUUUCCCCAACCGCAGGAUUCAAAUUCUGUGUUCGAAUCGCAUAUUUUUUGCAGGGCGCAGGUGGUAGGGUGGCCUCCAAUUCGGAGCUACCGCAAGAACACAUUGUCUGCAAACCCACCCAAAAAUAGCAAUGACCCCGCAGGAAAACAGGAGCUGGGCUGCCUCUACGUGAAGGUCAGCAUGGACGGGGCCCCAUAUCUGAGGAAAGUUGAUCUCAAGACCUACUGCAACUACGAGGAGCUUUCUUCUGCUUUGGAGAAGAUGUUCAGCUGCUUCACCAUCGGUGAGCUCUGCUGCACCAGCAGGAUCAAUCGACCCGACAGGAUCAUCACCUUGUUAAUGUUCUUGACGCUUUUCACUUGGUCGGAAAGACCCACCUGCUCAGCAUCACUGAAGACAUGACAUCUUCUUGACCUAUUUCUCAGGCCAAUGUGGACCGCAUGGAGCCCCCGACCAGGAUGAGCUCAGCGAGAGCUGUUUGAUCGAUCUUCUUCACGGGUCCGAGUAUGUGCUCACGUACGAGGACAAGGAUGGAGAUUGGAUGCUCGUCGGCGACGUUCCAUGGGAGUAAGCACCUCGAACUCAUCCUUCUGUGGAGAUUUACAGCGGACAAACUGGAUUUGUUUUAUAAAAAAUAAAAAAUCCGAUCAAAGCAUCUUUUACUGAUACCCAUCUGUGUUUAGAACUGCUUUAACCUAUAUAAUUGAGCAUAACCGUAAAAUCUGUCCUUUUUUAUGUUUUGGAAUCGCCAGCAUGUUCACUGCGUCCUGCAAGAGGCUGAGGAUCAUGAAGGGGUCAGAAGCCAUCGGAUUAGGUACAUGUGGCACGAAUUAA